CUCCAAACGUUGCCGUUUUUUUGACCGGAGACCAAAACGCUUUUUGCUUCUCUCUCUUCUCGUCGGGUGAAGUUCUCCGGAGGAAGAAGAAGAAGAAGAAGAAGAAGAAGAAGAAGAGCAAAGACUGAGAAUGGAAAGCUUAGACACUAAUUUUCCUGUGCGCCAUAGAAAGAUCUCCUUCGAAAGUAAGGGAAACAAGACAGAGAUUGUGAUCUGCAGCUAUGAAGAUCAUAUCCUUGUCAUUGCAACACAGAUUGGAGCCUUGGGAACUAUAUUGCACGCAAGGAAGGAAGAAGGGAUGUCUGUUGAACCAACAUUUAGUGUUUCAGUGAUAUUCGGAAAGCGAGAUGAGCCAAUGUUGACAGCAACUGCUCGAAGACUCAUUGAACACAUAAGUUCUGUUGUUCCCUCGAAGCCUCUGGUUCUCUCACUGGGCCUCAAAGAUCAUUCUUCGGAGACGUUGAAGGAAAUAGUUGCGACUGUGAUUAAGAAUCGCAUUUGGUAAUGCAAUUUUUGUAUCAGUUUAGAAGAGAAUAGCGAUAAGAUGUUUUAUGUUUUACAUUCUUGGUUGAUAUAAUUAGCAAGGGGAGUUUUGGACAAGUUAUGUUAAUUAUUAAAGUACUUUUCAUACAA